AUGGAGCACGCUCUUCACAUUUAUUCGGACGCCCGGCCGAUCAAACAACAAAAGAGGGACUUCGGGGCUGACCAGAAUAAGAUCAUCAAAGAGGAAGUAGAUAAACUACUGGAGGUUGGAUACAUUCGGGAAGUACAAUUUCCAAGCUGGCUGACUAAUGUGGUUCUGGUUUCUAAGCGGGUGGUGGAUUCCACGGCUGGCUACGAGUUUAUCAGUAUGCUGGAUGCCUAUCAAGGAUAUCAUCAAAUUCCACUUGCCAAGGCGGAUCAGGAAAAUGUUAUCUUUAUAACUGCUGAAGGAACUACUUAUCAACGGCUUAUGAACAAGGUUUUCAAGAAGCAGAUUGGAAGAAAUAUAGAAGUUUAUGUGAAUGAUAUUCUUAUAAAAACUAUACGGGCUUCUAGUUUAUGUGCUAAUAUUGAAGAAACUUGUAGGACUUUGAGGAGGUAUGGACUCAAGCUCAAUCCCAACAAGAGUUUAUUUGGUGCCAAAAGUGGGAAGUUCCUGGGAUACAUAGUGACUGAGCGAGGAAUAGAGGUCAAUCCCAGUAAGGUGAAAGCAUUACAGGACAUGACUCCCCCAAAGAACCUGAAGGAGGCUCAAAGGUUGACAGGGAGGAUUACCGCCCUAUCUCACUUUAUCUCUCAAUCGGCCAAUCGGAGCCUCCCUUUCUUCAAGUUAUCUGUUAGAUUGAAUUACAGAGCCACCAAUAAUGAGGCUGAGUAUGAAGCAUUUAUAGCAGGCUUACAAGCUGCUAAGCAUGUGGGAGCUGCUAGUGUGGUAAUUCAUUCUGAUUCCCAAUUGGUAGCACAACAAUUGAUGAGCAACUUUGGAAUUAGUAAUGAAAGACUCAAGCUAUAUGAAGAGGCCUUUGAUAAAUUGAAGGCUAAAUUUCAUGAAGUAAGUAUAAAGGAAAUCUCUCGAAUAGAUAAUCAAGUAGCAGAUGAGUUUGUUAAAUUAGCUUCUGCCAUUGAGCCUUGGAAUUUGGAUAGACCAGUGGAACAAACGUAA